GAAAAGACUUGGUAGCAAAAAAACAGACUUAAACCUUAGUCCCAGUCUUUUUUCUUUGAUCCAUCCCAGAGAACCUUUGCAAAAUGGCCACGCCAGUGACUUUAACCCAACAUUGGAAGAGGAAGACGAUGAAGCCCAGCCAUACAAUGAUUUUCUGAAGAAAGCAAAGGGUCAUACAUCUAACACUAGGCUCUUGGGUCCAACUGAGGAGUCCUCCUUUGGCCAACAAUACAUGCAAGAUCAGAAGACACCUUCCACGUGGACAUCAGCUAUGAAUCAUUCUGAAAAGACUAGAUCCGUUAGGGCAACGCCAGAAAGUUACAUGAUGUCUAGCAGUCGGCUCUACACAGGAAAAAAACCAGAAGCCAGAAUGAUAAACAAAGGGAAGGGAUUCGGCACGGCAAAACCUACUCAAAAGAGACUUGGAAGCCACAGAGGAGAUGCAUCUGGGAAAACAUCAGCCAGUAAUUACCAAACUGACACUGAGAUGAAAAAUCAGAAUAGACAUUACCCAGACAAAACAAUUCCUAAAGAACACGUGGCACAAUCCCAUACCAGGAGAACCAGACCGUUAGUAGAUCCUGAAGUAAUCAGUAGUCAUAUCCCAGAAGAUGAAAAGGAUCAGCAUGGUAAACAACAUCUCUCCCAGGCCGGCUCAUCUAAACUACCUAGGUCCCGUAGCCAAAGACAGAGCUUAUACAGGCAACAAACAGAUAGCAACCGAAUGUUCCAAAGUCUUUUCAAAGACAAUCCGUCCAUCCAUACACAACACAAUGCGGAUCCCUGGUCGCCUCUUGGAAGUAAUCCGGCUGCGCCGUAUGAAAGGGAACAGGAGAUAAGACCAGGCUUACAUCACAGCUCUGAUCUUCCUCAGUUCAAUUUAUAUCAUCCAGGGAGUGAGGAAUUCCACUGUGAAGGAGAGCAGAAGCAGUACAAAGCAUGUGGGCAAGAGCCAUGCCCAGCCGGCCAGCCUGAUGCCAGAUCCGUGCAAUGCGCAACCUUCAACAACCAGGAGUUUAUGGGUCGGCUCUACCAAUGGGAGGCAUUCACCGAAGUUAGCGGUGACCAGAGAUGUGCAUUGAACUGCCGGCCCAUCGGCUAUCGGUUUUACGUACGUCAUACGGAGAAGGUCCAAGACGGAACCCCAUGUGAACUUGGAUCUAGUGACAUCUGCGUUGGCGGCCAGUGCUUGAGCCCGGGUUGCGAUGGGAUCCUGGGGUCUAACAGCACCCUGGACACUUGCGGGGUUUGUGGUGGUGAUAGCUCAACCUGCAAGUUCAUCACAGGGACCUUCAAAGAGACCAACGUCCCUAUUGGCUACCAUAAAAUCCUAGAGAUUCCCAAAGGAGCGACACAGAUCAGUAUCCGGGAGCUAACGUGGAGCCCCAAUUACCUGGCUUUGAGGAGCAGAACAGGGAAAUCUAUCAUCAACGGUAACUGGGCCAUAGAUCCACCAGGAAGAUACGAGGCUGGGGGUACGGCUUUCACCUACACCCAGCCUGGACGGGAAGAACAGGAAGGGGAAAGCUUCCUCGCUGCAGGACCUACCACAGAAGCAUUGGAUGUAUAUAUGAUAUUUCAACAGGACAACCCUGGAGUCUCCUUUCAAUUUUUCAUUUCCAACCCACCCAGCCUGGAUAAUGCUGCCGCUGCCCCCAACCCACCAAAGCAGGAAUAUGGGUCUUUAAGGUCAGUCCCUGCCAGCGAUGCUCUUCCGGUCCCAAGCUCCAGAAUUCAUCCGGUAGAAGACAGACUUCCAGUAUCUCCACCUCAAGCAAGGCCACCACCGCCGCCAAGACCGGCCGGUACCCUACAACGUAACAUUCGGAUCCCCCCGUUACCUCCACCCCCAGUUCAUUACUGGCCAGAACAGCCACAGUUCUUCUGGAAAAGAGUGGGGAACACACCAUGCUCUGUUACCUGUGGGAAAGGCUCUUGGUACCCCAUCUUCCAGUGCGUCUCCAGGAGCACCCUAGAAGAGGUCGGGGAGGAAGAGUGUGAUACUUCCAGCAAGCCGUUCCCCCAAGAGGAGGCUUGCAAUACCCAGCCGUGCCCUGCCUUCUGGGAUGUGGGUAACUGGUCAGUCUGCAGCCGGACGUGCGGCAGCGGUAUACAGCAUCGACAGGUCCUUUGCCGGCAGAUGUACGCCAACAGAACCACCAUGGUUCACCCCCAGAGAUGCAGCCAUCUGGCGAAACCCAACGUCACCCAGACUUGCCAGCUACGCAUCUGCAGCCACUGGGAGGUUCAGAGCAACUGGACUGCGUGUUCGGUCAUGUGCGGCAUCGGUCAGAAAACCCGGCACGUGAGAUGCAUCAGUAACCAAGGAGAUAUCGUGAGCGAGGGAGAAUGCAGUAACCGCUUGCGUCCUAGGACCAACGAGGUCUGUGACAUGGGUCCAUGUGUCCGCAGCUGGUUCCACAAUGACUGGAGCUCCUCGUGUUCUGCGGAGUGCGGGCCGGGAAUCCAGCGCCGCAGUGUCCUCUGCCUCUCCAGUUCCGCCACCGAUGAGUCGCGAGAGGUCUGUACGGGAACCAAACCUUCCGACAUGCGCGUAUGUAACAGCGGACCCUGCAAGCGAAUCGUGCAUUGGUAUACCGGACCCUGGUCACAGUGUUCUGCGGAUUGCGACGAGGGGUCCCAGAGACGUGAUGUGAUUUGUGUGAGUAAGCAGGGAGCAGAAUUCAACAUCACAGACCCGUCCGAGUGUUCCCACCUGGAAAAGCCACCCUCCCUCCAGUCCUGCAACGGCGGACCAUGCGGCUCCCGAUGGUUCACCACGCCUUGGAGCACGUGUUCCCAGUCAUGUCUCGGAGGCUUUCAGACAAGAGAGGUUCGGUGUCUGGCAGCCGACAACAGCUACAGUCACCUCUGUGACCUGGAUACCAAGCCAGACGAUAAGAGAGUGUGUAACACGCAUCCCUGCUCCGCCGAACUAGAUGAGAACUGCCGGGAUCGGUAUCACAACUGCGCGGUGGUGGUACAGGCUCGGCUCUGCGUCUACGCCUAUUACAAGCAGGCCUGCUGCUCCUCGUGCUCCCACUCCCUGCAGCGGACGGCAGACAGCCGAUAGGAAUCCUACAGCCCCCUCACCAGAUGUGUAUAUUUUAUAUACUCAGAUGAUACAGUAUUUAUUUCACCUCUCUGGUGCCAUCGCGGCACGCGGUCUCUUUUAUUUGCAAACACAAUAUCCUCGUGAGCCCUGCCAGUCGCGGAGAGGCGUUAGAAAGACUCAAAUGUAUAUUUGCUUUUAAAGUGGGCCUGGCAGGUCACAGCUCGGGGUAAAAACAGGUGAAUGUUGCCCCGAAUCUUCUACGGUGCUAAAUAACAGAACAUAUUUAACCCUUCAUGUUUCACUGUGAUGUACGCAACAGAUCGUGACAUAUAUAGUCAAGUAAGCCUUGCGUGAAAUAAGGUAUUAUGUUAUAGGAAACGCAUAUUAAAUACAUUGCCAGAAAUAUUCUGCUAGGGGUGAA